AUUCCUCAUUUGUUUGUGUCUCACAGGGGAUUUGUUUGCAGAAAGAGUCCAGCUCCAAAGAUUUCUCCUUUAGAGAAAAUGAAUAGCCAAUAUAUACGUCAUGAAGUGCGGGGAUGUGAAACUAGCGAUCUGAGAAACUUCUGGGAGAAGACUAUUGAAGAACAAACUCGGUACCUGCAAAUUGAACAAGAACGUCAGCGAAGAAGUGCUCUGACAAAGCUGAGAAAUGAAUGGAUGGAGAGGCUGGAAAAACGGAUAAAGAUGUUGAGGACUCAACCUGAAGACUCAUCUAGCUGA